GCUCAACCUUUUGCAAAGAUGUCUGCUGCCGAAAAGCUGCUGCUUGGAACGGAAGAUGCUGAAGAGGAGUUUUACUCUGAUGAAGAGCACCAGGAAGAAAGCAGAUUCAAGGGAAUUGUGUCUUCCAAACGCGAGAAUUCACGCGACGACGAUCAUGACUUAGGAAGUGACGCGGAAUUCUACGGCAUGGAUGAAAGUGAUGAGGAAGAAGAAGGCGCCGCAGAUGGAAAACGUGAAGGAGAGAGCAAUUCUGAGCUCGGAAGUGAUGAUGAAGGACAAGAAGUUGGCUCAAGAAAAUCGUCGAAAAAAUCCAAAAAGAUAGCAAAGAUCUCACCAGAAGAGGUGGAAAAGGCGAGAAAAGCAAUCAAACGUUCAGGAGUCGUCUACCUGUCACGGAUUCCCCCUUACAUGUCUCCUCAAAAGCUUCGUCAUUUACUGUCUGCUUACGGAAAAAUUGGUCGUAUAUAUCUGGCACCUGAAUCAGCCAAGAAGCAUGCAGCUCGUGUGAAAAACGGUGGUAACAAACGCACACUGUACGAGGAGGGCUGGGUAGAGUUUGAGAGCAAGCGAGUUGCUAAAACUGUCGCAGCCAUGUUGAACACUCAGACGAUUGGCGGAAAAAAGAGCAAUUGGUAUCAUGAUGACAUUUGGAACAUCAAAUACCUGCCCAAGUUUAAGUGGCAUCAUCUUACAGAACAGAUUGCAGCCGAAAAUGCAGCUCGUGCAACUCGUCUGAAACUCGAGAUUCAACAAGGCAACAAGGAGCUGAAGGAAUACGUUCGCAACGUUGAACGUGCAAAGAUGAUCGAAAACAUGCAAAAGAAACGGAAAGAGCGUUCGGAGACUGAAGGCGAGUCAGCUCCUCCUGUUGAGCCGGCCAACAAUGACAACUCAAAACAACUCCGUCGCUUCUUCCAUCAAAAGAGCGCUAGCAGCCACCGGAUACUUCCAAAGAGUGGUCAAGACAGCGAAAAGGUCCAAAAUGUUCUUCGUCGGGUGCUUUAGAGAGAAAAGAAAACGAGCAAAUUAGGGUCAAUGAAAAAAAGGUUUCAGUAAUUAGCACGCAGCGACUAGGCAUUUACAAACUUGAAGAGCAGCAACUGAUUGAGAAAACCUUUGACCAAAAAACCGCGAAACAACCAAAUAAACCUAUCCUUCCAAACCCAUCCGUCCUCUCCCCACCUUUUGCCCAACUGUUUCUUUUUUGAAUAAAAAAAUAAUAAUUAACGUAUUCUUCACUAAAUACAAACUUUAUCUACAAGCUUUUUAUGCGGCGAAAAUGAAGA